AACAAAACAGACCUAUCAGGAAAACGAAACAGAAAAGAAAGAAAUUAAAAAUGAGUAAAGCCAGUGCUUAUAUCUAUGUCUCAUUCGCUUCUUCCAUGAAGAAGCCAGUGACAUCUUUGCGUACCAACUCCAUAAGGAAGCCAAAACCAUGAGACCUCCUUCUCCUCAUCAUCCUCAACAACUGCCCCACCAGUCAAACUCCAGCCCAUCACCACCCGAAGACGUCCCGGACCGAACCCGACCCACACCAGCCCCGCUAAUGGCCCCACUGCCCACUGGGGGCCAGCGGAAGAAGAGCUCCAAGGGAACGACCGGCGUCCGGGCCUGGCUGCUAAUGGACUCCGGCGGGAAAACCCAAGUAGUGGAAGCGGGUAAACACGUCAUCAUGCGCCGGACGGGUCUACCCGCCCGGGACCUCCGGAUCCUCGACCCGGUUCUCAUGUACCCGUCGACGGUUCUGGGUCGAGAGAGAGCCAUUGUGAUCAACCUGGAGCACAUCAAGGCCAUCGUCACCGCCCAUGAGGUCCUCUUGGUCAAGUCCGCCGACCCUUCUGUCAGUCCCUUCGUUGACGAGCUUCAGCGCAGGCUAAUCAGCCAUAACCAAGCAACCACAGCAGCUCUGGAGGGGAAUGAAGAAGAUGGGUCGAAGUCAAACUGGACCAGGCUGCAUGAUUUGGGAGAGUCACAGUCGAGAGGUGAGAGCCGUGAGAAUUCCCCAAAAGGGUUUUCUGAUCAGUUUGAUGAACAGGGUCGAGUUGAGAAGAAUCAAUUGUAUGGAUCAAAGGUUCUUCCUUUUGAGUUUGUUGCAUUGGAGGCUUGCCUUGAAUCUGCUUGCAGUUGCUUAGAAAAUGAGGCAAAGAGAUUGGAGGAAGAAGCUUAUCCAGCUUUGGAUAAGCUGAGUUCAAAGAUAAGUACUCUCAAUCUGGAACGUGUCCGCCAGAUCAAAAGUCGCUUGGUUGCUAUAACCGGACGUGUUCAGAAGGUGAGGGAUGAAUUAGAACAUUUGCUAGAUGAUGAUGAAGAUAUGGCCGAGAUGUAUUUGACUGAAAAGUCUGUUGAGCGAGACUUAGAAAUUAAUUCUUCUGCAUCUUCAUCCAUGAACGAGCCGAUUCUGUGCGAUGAAAUGGAUGAUGAAAUUGUUCAAGCAGACAUGGAAAUCGACAGGGACGCCCAAAUUGGUACAACUACUACUAAUACAAGCAAGCAGCUUGAUGUGCAGGAGCUUGAAAUGCUUUUGGAGGCAUACUUUGUCCAAAUUGAUGGCAUACUAAACAAGCUAUCCACGCUGAGGGAGUAUGUGGACGACACAGAGGACUACAUAAACAUAAUGCUGGAUGACAAACAGAACCAACUGCUGCAGAUGGGGGUGGUGCUGUCCACAGCAACCCUUGUGGUGAGUGCCUUAAUCGUUGUGGCUGGAGUCUUCGGGAUGAACGUAAGAAUAGCACUCUUCAAGGAAUCAACCAAAAUUGGGAUGCCAAAGUUUUUGUGGACUGUUGGGGGAGGUUCCAUUGGGAGCAUUGUCUUAUUCGUCAUCGCUAUUGCCUGGUAUAAGCAUUCACGCUUGCUGGAUUAAUUUAUGUGCUAAUUAAAAGUUAAAUAAUGUAUUUAUUAAGUAUAUCUAAUGUAUUUAUAAAUUACUGAUGUGAUCAUGUGGCUUUAUAAUAUUCUACAUUAUGUGGAAAGUG